AGAAGAAGAAGACUAACCUAAAAAUUUGACAGUAAACAAAAUUUUGAAUAUCGCGAUCGUUAGUUUUAAGCGAAAAGAUGCUUUUUGUAAUUAAUAACAAUAGCUAGCUAUAAACUUAAAGUAAUAAGAAUGGAUGACUUUGAGCAGUUUAAAAUUUCCGCGCUAAAGAAAGUCCACCAUAUUCAAAUAACUGCGUCAAGAAAUGUUGGUGGUAAAAAUUCGAAUGAAUCAAAAAGUGAUGAAAAAGUUGUCGAAAAAAAGAUAAAUACCAAUUUCGCCCCAUCUUAUGGAAUUCCAGUUCGUUAUGUACUGAAAGAGAGAGAAUUGCAAAGGCAAGCAGAAGUAAAAAGUGCCAUACAAGCUCGAUUAAAUAAGUUUAACCAGUUUUCGAGCAAAUGUACGGAAAAUGUGGGACAAGAGUGGGUAAAAAAGCAGCAAACAUUCAUUAACGGUCAAUUGCAAUGUGAAAAUAAAAUUAUAAAUUCAUUGAAUCAGUAUGAUCAACUUUCUUCUAAUAAACAGGAGAAAUUGAAUCAGUACUACCAAAAUUUAGAAAAACAAAGGAAAACGCAGGAAGAAGAGUUGAAAGCCAAAGAAAACAAGCAGAAAAUUUUAAGAGAAAACGUUGAAAGAGCUAAAGCAUUUUAUGUGGAAUUUUGCGGAUUAUAUCCAAAAGUUAUUAUUAUUAUUAAGUCUUGUGGUUCAUAUGAUGAAUUGAAAAAAGUUAUGUUGGAGGAGUUAAAAAGAACGCCGGUUUUAAGGGAAAAAUUUGAAGAAGUGAUCAAAAAGUGUAGAUCAUUUGAAAUAACUGAGGUUGAUAUAAAAAAGGCUGCUGAUGUUCUACUGGAGUUAAAAUCGUUAAAGGAAAAAUUUGAGGGGGCAGUAAAUGGUAUUAAUGCUAAAAUAAACGAGGCAAAGCAAGCCCCCCCACCACCACCUGUUGAAGUGAAAAAAGCCGAGCCAGUCAAUGUGGCAGCACAGCCCCAACAAAUUGUCAAAGAUGAGUUGGAUACAAAUAAAUCUCAGUUAAAAAUUACGCAAUUUGUGGGACUUAAAAACUUGACCAUGUACACAGCCUUGAUGGACUUUCUGGAGCAGCACAGUCUUACAUUUAAAGAUUUGUUAGAGGAUGUUACUUUUAAGCAGUUUAAGUUUGAUUGCAAGAAGGCCAUAAACAUACCAGUAAAUGCCAUAUCAGCCAUUAACUCAAGUCACAUAAUGGACAAAUACGACAGGCUACACAAGUUAUUAUCGGGCCAAACUGUUUACAUUAGUGACCAACAAAUAAAUGCUACAAAGCAUCCCAAAGGUAUUCCUUUCUGUAUGGACCUGUUGGCCAAAAAGUUUGUUUUGCAAGGCGAUUUGAUGAUUUCCAGUAACCCAGAAUCAGCCUUUUGCUAUGCCACAAUUAUAUCGUCCUUAUGGAAUGAUUUUCCUCUUCUAGGAAAUUUAAUUUUGGCCUAUAUGUUUCAAGCGUGCCCCUAUUUAGUUCCCUACUAUAUUCCACAAAAUGUUGGGGAGUCUGACGAGGAGUUUUACCAGAGAAGAGGGUAUCAAUAUGUUAAUGGACAGGUUGAAAAACAAGACAAAUUUUUGAAGAGAAUGACAGGUAUUAUGAGGCUGUAUUGCGCCCUUUUGAUAACAAAGCCCAAAAGAGGACAAACCCAAAUACCUCAUAACCUUCAAAAUGGCUGGCGGUGGUUGGUAUCGAUAUUGAAAUUGGAGCCUCAAGUGGACAUAACAGCCACGAUGCUUCACGUUUUUUUGGAAUCUGCAGGGUUCGCCAUGGAACAAGCGUAUGGAGCUCAUUUUAAAAAAAUAUUGAGAGUUAUAGUUCAGCAAUUUCUCCCCAGUUGUAGUAAAAAAUGUACAGGGGGCGCUGGUACUCGUCUCGAGUUACUUAUGACUGAAUAUACUAAAAAGGGUAAAUUUGAAAAGCCCAAUGGAUAUACACCAACAGCUACAUGGUAAAAUUUAUUGGACAUUCUAUUGAAGUUUAAAAUUUUACAUUAGGUACAUUAAACAUUGUAUUGUUUCUUGACUUAUUUUAUAUAUAAAUUGUAAAAAAAUUGAAGGCCUUUUUAAUAAAACAUUUUUUUGUAUGAAAUUGUUGAGGAAAUUGUUUAUUGGUAAUAAAUAAAGACCCCAUUCAAAAUUAAAUUCUGGGUGCAUGACAAAUUACUUUUUUUGGUUCACAACAGUAAAUAAAAAUACAACUUGAGCAGUUUUACAAGAGUUAAAUUCAUUGUUGAAUUUAACAUACCUACAUAUUAUGUUUAAAAUUCCAGUCUAUAAAUAAAUAAUUA